AUGGCACAACUGGUGAACCAAAUAGAGGCCAAACCCCUCAUCCCUCCCAACCCUCGCACCCAAUCAUUAUCCAUUGAUCUCAUUAUCCACGCGAUCACCACAAGACACACGAGCACACCAUUGAUCACCGGAAUUGGUGCCAAAGGGAUGGACACAACGAUGGGCUCGUAUUCAUUGUUCCGAUCGAUUGGUUCAGAGCCGACACACCUGUGGUCACAGACGCAGACCCAGAGGAAGGCUGGCCAUCACCACCACGACAGGGCCCACACGAGCGCCAGUGGCGGCCACGGGUCGAGCGGUGGCGCGGCGCCGGCCGACGAUUCGUUGGACCAGUUGUUUGUCUUCGGCUACUCGUGUAAACUGUUUCGCGACGACCUCAGGGCCCAAGAGAUGGACAGCGGACAGCAUCUUAUCGGUUGGAACGGAUCCACUGACCAUCUCAUAGACAGGUCCGUCAUAUAUCUAGUUAGCCAUCGACUGCCUAUCCAUUGA